AUGGGAGGCUCCGCAUCCCUGCCGGCCGACUCUCCCCUACUGUGCCUCCUAAACAAUUUGUCAGCCCCAGGCUUAGCGGCCGACCUCAAACCAAAACAUCUAAUUAAAUACUGCACACAAGACUGGCCCACUUACCCCUUAGAUAACCAAAACAAGUGGCCCCCUUAUGGAUCCGUCUAUCCUAGUAUCCUCCAGGAUCUCUAUAACUAUUGUGAGCAAACAGGAAAAUGGGCAGAGAUCCCAUACCUCCACGGGUUUUUCCUCCUAAAGGCCCUCAAACUGUCACCCUCCCCGAACCCCCUCAUUCCUUCCACUCCUGACUUUGAUCCUGCUGAUGAGCCCCCGCCAUAUCACCAUCCACAGCCCUUCCCCCUGGCUGCCGCCCAGCCCGCAAGGGCCCCACCCCCGGCGGCAGCCUCACCUCCUUCCGCCAACCCCGGCCUUCCUUGCCCGUCCUCUCCAACCUCUCCUACUUCCUUUCCUCCACCUUUCAGCCCUCCUACUACUCCCUCCAGAUCUCACCUCCCUGUCCUCACUCCUCUGCGAGAAGUAGCAGGGGCAGAAGGCAUCGUUCGCAUCCAUGUCCCCUUUUCUAUGGCUGAUCUUUCACAAAUCGAAAAAUGCUUAGGCUCCUAUACCUCCAACCCCGCUUCAUAUAUCAAAGAAUUCCAGUACCUUCUCCAAGCUUACAGCCUCACCUUUCACGAUAUUUACCUGGUCCUCUCUAACACCCUUCUCUCUGAGGAGCGCCGGCGAGUCUGGGAGCAAGCCCGCACUUAUGCAGACCAGGUCCACCAAACAACCCCAGCCCUGCCCAUAGGGGUGCAAGCAGUCCCCGAGCAAGAGCCUAACUGGGAUUACAACACCCAAAUUGGCGUCGCUGCCCGGGACCACUUCGCCACCUGUUUAAUAACCGGGCUGCGUAAAGCAGCCCAAAAGGCAGUCAACUUUGAAAAACUUCAUGAAAUCGUACCAGAGAAACAUGAAAACCCAUCCGCCUUUCUUGACCGCCUUACACAGGCACUCCAACAAUAUACCAACAUAGACCCAGAAGCCCCUGAUGGCAGGCAGCUUCUCAUGUCCCAUUUUUUCACGCAAAGCUUCCCAGACAUUAGAGCCAAAUUAAAGAAGCUAGACAGAGGUCCCUUCACCCCGCAGACCGAGAUUCUGGCCACCGCGUUCAAGCAUUACAGCUGUGGUUAACUGUCAACAACCCUUGGACUCAGUUUCAUGUCUGCAGAGAAGCACCAUCGCCCAUGA